AAUCAGUUUUGUCGUCUGCUUGUCUUUCGAAUUCGGAAGUUGUAGAUUCUACAGAAGGAAGGCUCAGAUCUGUUGAUUUACCGAAAAGACUAUUUAGAUUUAGAUUCUAAUCUAGAUCUAGAUCUAGAUCUAGAUCUCUUAAAAAGAGCAUUGCAUCACUUUUUAGUCACCUUUUGACAGCUUGCAGUGAUAAUUGAGAAGAGCGAGGGAAAAAAAGUAGAUUCUAAAUAGAAAGUUCUGAAAGGACGUACACGACUAAGAGUCCACACAACAAAGAUGACGCGCCCCAAGAAAGCUGAGCGAAAACCAUCCCAGUCCCAGUUGAAGAACUUUGAUGAAGACUUCGAAAAUGAAUUGAACGUCCCCAAUGAAGACCCUUUCAGUUUUUCAGGACAGCAGAGAGAUGAAGAAGCUCCCAUCAUACUGAAGCCAACAUCAAGUAAAAAGAGGAGUGCUAAUGAUGACUAUGAUCCAGGAGACUUCAGCUCUGAGAUGCAGAGAAUGCUUGAGGGAUUUGGAGCUGACAUUUCGAAAACUUUGUGUCACAAGAAAAAGAGGGUGGAGCAGUUUACCCAGAGUUCCUUGAAAAACACCAACAAAAAAGUGGAGGAACUGUGGACUGCUCAACAGCAGGCCAGAUCAAAACUCCAAGAAGAAUUUGGACGGCAAGUCAACGCUGUGUAUCAACAAUGGGAAUCUGAUAUUGAAAAGUCUAAGGAUCAAGAAGAAAAGCUGAAUAAUCUCUUCAAACAACAACAGAAACUGUUCCAACAGGGGAGAAUUGUCCAAAGUCAACGACUGAAAACUAUAAGGGAACUCAGUGAUCAGUUUAUGAAAGGACUUGAUGAACUGGAUCGCAAUCGUCAAAGUCAGCAGACAUCUUUGCAGGCAGAGUUGAAGAAAGAGAUGGCAUUGCUGCAAAAGAAGAUUCUCAUGGACACUCAACAGCAAGAGAUGGCCAAUGUAAGAAAGUCACUCCAUUCUAUGCUGUUUUAGUGACGCCAGCAAAGUUUAUCUCUCGUUAUUGUCGUUCUUGUAAGUUUCAAAGAAUAAACCCAAUUGUACAACAUCUUAAA